CAUGUGACUGUUUACAUCUGAGGGGAACAGAAUAGAGGCGUGAGUGUGUGAGCAGCGCAGUAGAGCACACACACACACACACACACACAUGCACACACACACACACACACACACACACACUCAUAACCAGAACAUGUAGAGUCUCCGAGCACCACACUCACACACUCCCGCAGACGCAGCAGCAGAAUGGAUCAGAGAUUAGGACACAGUCUGUACGCUGACAGCCCACCCAGCAGACCCAGAGAUGUGCUGGUUAAAUCAGCCUCGGCUUAUGCUGAUAUCCAAUGGGAACAGCCUCAUCAGCCUGAUGGGCCACACAGGGACCCGCUGCAUUACCCACACAGGGACAUUCUCCCUGUGGCCAGCUACGCCCCGCAGCCGGAUUAUAUGGAAGGGGACGAUGAUCUCAUCAAGCCUAAAAAGCUGAUUAAUCCAGUGAAAGCCUCUAAAAGCCACCAGGAGCUUCACCGAGAGCUGCUCAUGAACCACAAACGGGGUGUGGAGAAUAAGCCAGAGCUCCAGCGCGUGUUGGAGCAGAGGAAAAGGGAGCAGAUGAUCAAACAGAGGAAGCUGGAGGAGGAGGCCAGGCGGAAGAUCUCCCCAUUGGAGCAGGAGCUCCUCAAGAGGCACAAAAAACUAGAGGAGCUGGAGCGGGAGCAGGAACGGCAGGAGGAAUGCUCCCGCAGCACUCCAGAGUUCAUCAAGGUCAAAGAGAACCUGAGAAGGACAUCAUUCACAAGCUCUGGGGAGAAGGAGGUGUAGAGUGGAAGAUGCUCAUAGAUAUGAGCUAAUAACAUAGAGAUCGACCGCAGCCAUCUACAAAGCUUCUCUCUAGCUCUCUCUGUCUCACUCAAACCUGGCUCCACUGGACUAAACACUCACACUCACCCCUGAAAAGAUUCAAAAUAUUCAGAAACAAGGACACAGGAAUGUGACUCAUCAAGAAAGCAAGAGAGGCUUUCCUUUUCUCCAGAGAUGAACUUUCAGAAGACAUUGUGAGUGUGAAUGGCGGACGGUGUCAGAUGGAGUGACCAGGGUUCCAGAGAGCCACUGGUUUGACAGAGAGGUGCAAAGGCAGAAGUGUCUUUUAUUAACCUCUAAUAUCUUUAUGUACAGGCAGUCUGAAAACUCUAUCAGUAUUAAUGCAAAUCAUUGGUCUCACAACUGGCAAGUAUACAGCAAGUCCCAUAAACAUGAAAACACAUUAACACCUAUGUAAGGUAACACAAUACCAACUAUGUAAAAACAAUCGGCACAGGUCACUUUUGCAUCCAAUCAGACCCACUAAUAUGAAUGAAACUGGUGUACUGUGCAAAGGCCAGAGACCACCCUUCAGUCAAAAUGACCAUUAAGUACAAGUUACUCAUUUUGCAGAAUCAACAACUAAAUAUAAGGUCAAGUUUUUUAGCAUUUAAUGUGUGCACUUUUUCCCAUUAUUACAGAGUCCACUGGUUUUGGGAGACUUGCUUUCAGUUUCUGCAGGGAUAUUUUGCUACACCUCCAAAGUCUUAGAAGUUGGUGGCCCUUGUUGCUUUUCACAAUCCAAGUAAUCCCAAACCCAUUCAAUGAGGUCUGGACUUUGGGGUGGCCAGUCUAUUGUUCUGAGAACACCAACAACUUAUUUGUUUGAUUCUUCCUUUAUCCAUUUCUCAGUAAGGGCUUCUUGGCAGCUACAUAUCCUUUCAGACCCAUGCUGUUGAGUUGUCUUCUGAAAGUGGAAGGAUGAACAGAAAAUGUAGAUGUUUCCAGAUCUGAAGCAAGAGUGGAGCUUGAUUUUCUCCUCUCUUUCAACCAUUAAAGUGCAUUUUAUCUGAGGUGGACAGUUUUUGAUGGUCUACCAGGUCUAGCAUGGUUGUUUGGUUGCAAGUCAAGUUUUGAAAACUGCCCAUUCAUUUAACUUAUUUUGGUCACACUUUAUUUUGAUGGUCCACUGUAGAUGAUUUAUAGAUAAUCAGGCUGUCUUUAAGCAACAUUCAACUAAAUAUCUAUUACAUUCAACUGAACUUGAAGUUGAGUGUGAUAGAUUCUAUUAAAUCUAACCUCAAACCUAAACUCAACUUCAGUGCCUGGCUACACAUUAUUAACUUGUGGGAAUGAGAUCCUAAUACGUGGCUAUAACUUAGUAAGGUGUGGGAAUGAGAUAAUUCAGUCGUGGCCAUAACGUAGUAAGACGUGAAUAAGAUCAUGCUUUACAAAGUCUCGCUCCCACGCCUUACUAAAUUGUGGCCACAAAUUAGUUAUCCUGUUUCCAUGCCUUACUAAGUUGUAGCCAUGCAAUAUUUUAGAUUUAUACAGGAUGUCAUCAGCAGGGCUCCGUAAUCAUCUGUGAAUCAUCUGUAAAUAAAGCGUGACCAUCUAUAUUAACUUAAUCCAACUUCUUAUGCUGACUUUAUAUCAAGUCUCCUCAAUCCUAUCGCCUCGGAAAAUGAUAACUGGUACUCAAUGGCUGUUUUCAAAGGAAAUAAACAUUAUCUGACUUUUGCACAUUACUGUACAUAUCUGUCUACUAAGAACUGACAAGUGCUGAGAAAAUCGGACUUUUGCUGUGCUAAUUAAUUGGCAAUAGUCUUGCCAUUGUAAAGUAAUACAACCAUCUUCAUAAAAAUACAUAACUAUCAGCACAAGCCACUUUUUCUUUUAAAACUGUUUAUUUCACCAUUAUAUAAGAAGAAUGAAAGCGCAUGUAUCAUGUAUGUGCAAAACUUGUCCACUAUAAGUUGACAUGGGCUGAGAUAAACCUAAUCGUUACUGUGAUACCACAAUGAAUCAGUGAGGGUCUUGCUAUUGCACAAUGCUUAUCACUUUACAGCAGGAAAAACAGAAGAAUGUAUUUUUUGUAGAGACAGGGUGGAGCUGUUUUGUUCAUCUCUGCUCUUUCCAGUGCCUUUGUGAGAGCAAGCAGCCCUGACUGUUACUGCAUUUCAAUCAAUAUUACGCAAGGUGUGUUCUUUAUCAUCCUAGAUGGCUGAAAACUGUAACGCAUAGCUGCAUAUGGAGCGCUUGCGAGCAUGUGUGUGUGUGUGUGUUUAUGUGUGUGCGUGUGUGUGUGUGUGUGUACGUGUGAGAGGAGAGUGAGAAAGAUGUAUUUUCCAGCCGUUAAUUACAAUCGUUAAUUACUCAAUCACUGGUAGAAGCUCACACUGAUCAAACUGACUUCUUCUUCAUUUGUUUCUGAUACCUUGUCAAUAUUUUAGUAGCGCUUAUCAGAAUUGUUUGAUUGACACAUUAUGGGUUUUAAAGCACAAAUACAGUUGUGUGCAAGAGUUUCUAUGCCCCCGGCCAGGUCACGCUCCUGUUGAUUUGUGAGCAUAAGUUUCUCCACAGAGAACCAAAUAUGGCAUUUUCUACAAACAUUUUACAUAAAACAGAAUGUGCUGAAAUUUUUGCACAGGCCAUAUUUUAUGUUUAUUAUUUUUUCGAUGUGUUCAAUCCAUCAAAUAAACAGUAAUUGUGUAUUAAAUUAUGCAGAAGUAUGUCCUCUGCAUAGACUGUGUGCUUAUUUUCAUAACACAUAAUAUAACCGGGGUGCCUAAACCUUUGCAUACGAUUGUAUAAUUGGUUUUUGCCUCUAAUGAUCUCGAAAGCCAUUUAAAAUAACAAUCAAUAUGACAAAUCUGACAUGUGUUCGUAUUGGCAUUCUGAUUUCAUGUCGUUAUCGUUUUUGUUUUUUUGUUUUCAUAACAUUUCAGUAGCUUUAAAUCAACAAGGGAAGGCACAUAUACUUUGCUGUAAAAGGACAAAAGAAGUGUUAUAACUUUAUAUAAAAAUAAACUUGGACUAAUAUUGUAA